GCUAAAAAGGAGAAAAUCUCUCGCCGUUUCCUUCAUUUCUUCCUCCACUCGCCAGUCCCCAACUCAGCGAGUCGCUCAAUCCGAGUUCACCCAUCAAUUUACUCCCCAAAAUUUUCAUCUCUCUCUCUCCCAAGCCCCAUUCUCUUUCUUUCUCUCUGUCCUUUUGGCCAGUUCCUUUGUGGGUUCGCUGUCUUCAGCUCUUCCGUCUCCAUUUUAUGGCUUAACGCCGCCAUUAUUGGCCCCCUUCUUCUUCACUCUGUGUGCACAUUUGCUUCGUCUGCUCUGUUUUUCUUGGAACUGUGGAGGGGAGAGGAGGAAACAGUGGUGGGGUUUCGUUUUUUUUUUGGUUCUUUUUUCGUUUUUUGUUGGAAUCGGCUUGUUUACUCUUCUUCAGUCGUCUCUAUUUCACCGGGAUUUUCGCUGAUUUUCGCUGCAAUUUCGAGAAACGAAUCUGUUCUCUCUACCAUGGCGCCGGUUUGUUUGAUUUUGAUGCUCUGACUGAUUCCUAGCUCGUUCUCUUUCUUACCCACAUCUUGAUUCUUCACUGGGUUUCGUUCUUUCUCCGUCUGCGAUUCUCUUUUUCGAUUUCGGUACCUGGGUUUGAGAUUUGGCUGGGAAAUGCAGGAUAGAUUCUGGGGCUUUUGUGGAGUGUUUGGUUGAGAUUCUCCGUCGCCUUCAUGUGGGGUGCGGUUCAUGCGCGGCGUCUGCUGUGAAGAGUUUGAAGGAUGAUUUUCCUCAAGAUUCUAGGGUUUAUGCGUUCGUUUGCGGCUGAUUUCUACUGGGUUCGGUCCAAUGCCUCUUGGGAUUUUCAAGAAUUUGGUUUAUGACAUGGUUUCUUUCCUCCUCUAGCUCUGCAAUUACCGCACAUUAUCGCCAUUUCAAGCCAAUCUGAUUCAGGUACCCGGGUUGCCUGUUUAAUAAAAUUAUUCUCGUUGCAGAAACAUUCCAGUAGAAUUUCAUUCUGGGUCAGAUUUAGAAUCCGCCAUUGUUGUUGGCUUGCAUAAGCUCUAGGGUUGGUGAAGAAUCUGAAUUUUCUGUUUCUGUGAGAAACAAACCCUAUUUAUAGAUUCUUCUUCCAAGUGUUCUUUUACCAGUCUUCGAGAGCUUCUUCUUUUUCAAGGAUUCCAAAAGGGGAAAAGCAAAAUCUCUGGGAGAGAAUAUUAGGAUUUCCAACGGUUUAAAAAUUUAUCCCCUUCUUUCAAAGUUGCUUUUGAAUUUGGCAUUUCCGUUUGCAAGAGAUUAAUUUCUCAUAUGAUUUAUUGCCCAUUUGAAGAUCUUUAUUGCGUAUCGGUUCUCUCUUCCGUUAUCAUUCUGUGGUAUUUAACUCUCAUUUGGGUGUUACUCUCUUCUCUGGUUGAGCUCAAAUCUGCGUCCAUUGUAGUGAGUUGUGAGAUUCCAGAGCAUCCAUGGGGCUUCCUAGAAGUCUCGUGAUGCUGGUUGUUCAAAUGUGCUUCUUGUUUUCAGCUGAUCCAGUUAUGGUUCGAUCAGCCGUGGCCACCGGUUCCUCGGGUCGUUCUCUGGAUGCCCUUCUCCAAGAGUAUGCUUAUAAGGCCUUGGAUCGCCCGAAAACCGGUGUUUAUUAUGGUGCAGUCGUUCCCUCAAACUUGACUGGGAUUAGUAUUGGAGCUAUGAGGCUGAGGAGUGGCAGUUUUCGACGGUAUGGGGUUGAUGCGUUCAAGGAGUUUGAGAUUCCGAAGGGUGUUAUCGUGCAGCCAUACGUCGAGAGGCUUGUUUUGGUGUAUCAGAACUUGGGCAGUUGGUCUGAGGAGUAUUAUGCAUUGCCUGGUUAUACCUACUUAGCACCAGUGUUGGGUCUUCUUGCUUACAAUGCCUCCGAUCUCUCCGCGACGAAUCUGCCCGAACUCGAAAUGAGAGCUUUCGGUGACCCGAUACAUGUCAAGUUCAACAAUGUCAAGUCACUCCCGGACGGGACAGUUGCCAAGUGUGUGAGGUUUAAUCUUGAGGGUAGUCCCAAUUUCAGCAGUGUGGAGUCUGGAAACACAUGUUCAACCAUCCAACACGGGCAUUUCUCUAUCGUCGUCGAGUCUGUCCCUCCUUCUCCAUCGCCCCCGGGAACCCCAACCCCACCUCCGCCUUCAAGCAAGAAAAACACCUCAAGAGUGUGGAUCAUUGUAGGAUCAGUGGUGGGCGGAGCAUUGCUGUUGGUAUUGCUCGCACUCCUCAUUCUGUGGGUUCAUAAGUUAAAGAAAAGAAGAAAAAUGGAGCAGAUGGAGAGGGCAGCAGAAUUGGGAGAACCUCUACAAAUGGCAAUGGUCGGCGACACGAAAGCUCCGACAGCAACGGUGACACGGACGCAGCCGACUCUAGAGACCGAAUACGUGCCUUGAUCACUCGUCCGGUAGUAAGAUUUCUCAUUUUAGACCUCUUCCUUUUUUUCUGAUCCAUUCCCUUCUGGUUUUGAUGUGUUAAUUGGUAUUCAUGUGAGUAGUAGAAGUGUAUGAUGAUUUUUGUGUAAAUCCGUUUAUUCCUGAUACCUGUAUGAUUUGAUGAUCAUUCAUUGUUUCGCACAAAAAUGUACUCAGAAGAGAUUUCUUCUUCUUCUUCUU